AUGGCAAACUCCAAAUCCGUCGUUGAGCUGCCGCGGUUUCUCUGCUCUUCGCAGUCCGGUACCUCUCGUGCCAUUCCGUCGAAUUUUCUUGCAUCAGGAAGCUCUGCAAACCCGCAUCAUAGGCGCGCAUCCUUUGCCGGUCCAAAUCGGCUCCAGCAGGUCCGGCUCACCAAGGCCUUUUCCACCUCCUCUCCGUCAACAUCAUCGUCGUCGGCAUUGACCCCGGCGUUCCAACUUCACCCUCCCCGCGAACCAGAGCGACUCUCUGCCCCCAUAAGACAUAAUGGUGUUUAUGUUGCGGCAUUCAAGCCUGCGCGCCGGGCCUUCCAUGCAUCUGCUUCAAGGCAGAAAGAUCACCGCUUCGAUACGCUGAAGCUCGUUCAACGGCUAAAAGGUGAAGGGUUCAGUGAUGAACAAGCGGUAGCUUUAAUGAGGGUUCUCAACGAUGUCAUCGAAGAAUCAAUACAGAAUCUGACGAGGACCAUGGUACUGAGAGAAGAUGCCGAACGGUCAGCGUACACCCAAAAGGUCGAUUUUGCCAAACUGCGCUCUGAAUUAUUAAACUCCGACUCAACCGAAGCGCAACUUACCCGCUCCUCACAUGAUCGGAUCGCAGGCGAUCUGGCCAAAUUGAAUUCCCGGCUCCGUGAUGAGAUCAGCCGCACACAAGCUUCUGUUCGACUGGAUCUUAACCUUGAGAAGGGAAGAAUCAGAGAAGAGGCGAAUGGGCUAGAGAUGAGAAUAAAGGAAACGGAAACGCGGAUUGAACAGGAAGUCGCUGGUUUGAGGGAGAGGGUGGAAGCUGUUAAAUUCUCAACUUUGCAAUGGUUGACUUUGCCAUUCGUCUGUGCGAAUUGA